AUGUCUGCUCGCCUCCUCGUAGUGCUGCUGGCUGUGUCCUGCGCCGUCUCUGCUCAGUCAGAUGUGGAGAACAAGGCAAAUGCGUUCCUGCAGACGUUCGACGAGGAGGCCCACCCGGCGUUGUACCAGUACUCGCUGGCAUCCUGGGCCUACAACACCAACAUCACCGAGGAGAACUCGGACAAGCUGUCAGAGGAGGGGCAAAUCUGGGCCAAAUUCUACACCAAUAUGUCAGAUGGGUCCCGGCAGUUCCCCAUCGACCAGAUCAAUGAUCCACAAAUCAAAUUACAGCUCAUCUCCCUACAAGACAAAGGCUCUGGUGCCCUAUCCGCAGAUAAAGCUGCACAUCUCAGUAAGAUCAUGAGUGAAAUGAGUACAAUCUACAGCACGGCGACGGUGUGUCUCAUGGACGACCCCCAGAACUGCCAGACUUUGGAGCCAGGCCUGGAGCAUGUAAUGGCCAGCAGCCUGGACUACUCUGAGCGUCUGCAUGUGUGGGAGGGCUGGAGGAGAGAGGUGGGCAAGAGGAUGAGGCCUCUCUACGAAGACUACGUGGACCUGAAGAAUGAAGCUGCCAAACUAAACGGUUUUGAAGACUAUGGAGCUUACUGGAGAUCUAACUAUGAGACCAUUGAGGAGGAAGCCCAGUUCAAGUACACCAGAGACCAGCUGAUGGAAGAUGUCCGUUCUGUCUACAAAGAGAUCAUGCCCUUAUACAAGGAGCUGCAUGCCUAUGUGAGAGCCAAGCUUAUGGGGGCCUACAAAGGACACAUUGAUGCAGAAGGACCUCUGCCAGCCCACCUGUUGGGUGACAUGUGGGGAAGAUUCUGGACCAACCUGUACCCUCUGUCAGUCCCCUACCCGGGUAAACCAGAUAUUGAUGUCAGCAAAGCCAUGGUGGAGAAGGGCUGGACUGAGCAGCAUCUUUUCAAUGAAGCAGAGAAGUUCUUCAUGUCUGUGGGCCUGUACAAGAUGUUCCCAAACUUCUGGGAAGACUCCAUGCUGGUGAAGCCUGACGACGGACGCAAGGUGGUCUGUCACCCCACAGCCUGGGACAUGGGAAACAGAGAGGACUUUCGGAUCAAAAUGUGCACCACGGUCAACAUGGACAACUUCCUCACAGUGCACCAUGAGAUGGGUCACAACCAGUACCAGAUGGCUUACCGUAACCUGUCCUACCUCCUGAGGGACGGAGCCAACGAGGGCUUCCACGAGGCUGUCGGAGAAAUCAUGUCCCUCUCUGCUGCAACGCCCUCACACCUGAAGAGCCUGAAUCUCCUGCCUGUUGACUUCCUUGAUGACAAUGAAACGGAGAUCAACUUCUUGCUGAAACAGGCUCUCACCAUCGUGGCCACGCUGCCGUUCACCUACAUGCUGGAGGAGUGGAGGUGGCAGGUGUUUGCGGGGAACAUCACCAAGGAUGAUUGGAUGAAGCGCUGGUGGGAGAUGAAGAGGGAGCUGGUGGGGGUGGUGGAGCCGGCGCCGAGAGACGAGACCUACUGCGACCCGCCUGCUCUGUUCCACGUGUCUGGAGACUACUCUUUCAUCAGGUACUUCACGAGAACCAUCUACCAGUUCCAGUUCCAGAAAGCGCUCUGCGAUGCGGCUGGCCAUACGGGGGCCUUGUCUUCAUGUGACAUUACUAAUUCUACAGCAGCAGGAACCAAACUGAGGAAUAUGUUAGAGCUGGGAAGGUCCCAGUCCUGGACGAGGGCUUUGAAUACGAUAUCCGGUGAUGUUAGGAUGGACGCCCGCCCUCUGUUGGAUUAUUUCCAAAAGCUUCAUGACUGGCUGCAGACAGAGAACAAGAAAAACCAAAGGACUGUCGGCUGGAAGACAGCAAUAGAUCCAUAUUCAGGGAAUGCCAUUAAAGUGAGGCUCAGUUUGAAGGCUGCCAUGGGUGAUAAUGCUUAUUCCUGGAACGCCAACGAGCUGUACCUGUUCAAGGCCAACAUUGCCUACGCUUUGAGGCAGUAUUACAGCCAAAGGAACGAGACCUCCGUCUUCACAGCAGAGAACGUCCUCGCCUAUAAAGAGACUCCCAGGAUCUCCUUCUACAUCUUGGUCACCAACCCUGCAAAUCUCACCAUGCAUAUCCCAAAAGAGGAUGUGGAGGCUGCCAUACGGUUAAGUCGAGGCCGAAUCAACGAUGCCUUCCAAUUGGAUGACAGUACGCUGGAAUUCGUGGGUAUCCCAGCAACGCUCGCCCCUCUCGUGGAGCAGCCGGUGGAGGUGUGGCUGGUGGUGUUUGGGGUGGUCAUGGGAAUUGUGGUGCUCGGGGGCCUCUUCCUUGUCAUCUCCGGUGUCAGAGACCGCAAGAAGAAAGCUGCAAAUGUAGUCACGGAGAAUCCUUACGAUACAACCAUUGAUGGACACAUUAACAAAGCCUACGAGGACAAUGACGAUGAACAAACUGGUUUCUGAGUCCACUGAAGAACAGAAGGAAGAUGUCCUCAGAGCAUCCCUCUCGUCAAACAUCGGCAUUCUGCUAAAUGUGUUUACGUGUUAUAAGUUUUAGUUUGUCAGGUUAUUUUAUAGUGAAUACCAUUGUAAAACAGUAUAUAUGAUUGCAGGUAAUUUUAGUAUGCCAAAUAUACCUCCAUGUAAAUCUAUUCAGUGUUCUACUUUUGACACCCUUUUAAUAUUAUACUUACUAUAAGUGCAUAAUUAGUAUAAUGGUACAACUACACUUAAGGUGCCUUGACUGUGCUAUUUUGAGUAUAGUUUUUUAUUAAUAAUGGACAUUUACCCCGUAUUAUGUAUUUUUAAAUUAUAUGAAA